AUGAGGUUCUGGGUUGAUUGGGAGCUCUGGGAGAAGUUGAGCCUGGUAUUGGCUGGGUUGAUUACUAUCGUGCUCAUCUAUGCCUUCUGCGUCCUUGCAUACCACAAAUGGAUGAUUCGCAAAUACGCUGCGGCCGAGGCACGCCAGAAGGAAGAGGAGGCAGAGCUACACCCCAUGCUGACGGGAGAUGAUAUCCCGUUCGGUGCCAGAGCCCUGGAGAGAGGCAUCUAUGUCGAUGACAUCUGGGUUUCCAAGCCGAACACUCCGAAUGACAGCCCACACCAACCAGGGACACCUGACGGAAGCCGACCGGCCAGUCCAGCGCCGAGGGUCAUGGGCAAGCCCCCCGCAAAUCCCGCCCCGGCGUUGGCAUUCGAAAAUACCAUGACAACCCCAACACAAAUGGUGUCUUUUGCCAGACCCAGAGCUAGCCCUAAGAUGGAUAUGGGCUUGGCCAACUACCGACACGAGUCCCAAAGACCCGGCGAGAUCUAUGGCCCAGCGGUAACUUCUAGCUUUUCAGAAUAUCCCGGCUCUCGUCGUCGAAAUGACAUCCUGAGUGGAAAUGAAAAGCGUGCCAGUUUCCAUUCGCGGCUCUUCCGAACCAGCCAUCUGUUUGACAAGAACGCCAGGACCGGCCCCGAUGGUCAGGACGAGCAGGAUCUGGGCUCCGCCGGGAAUGACGUUGGGUUGCGAAACCCGGCUGAACACCAUCGGCCUGCACGGCUCACGAAGACCCUUCGUCGACGGUCAUCCGAGGAGUUCAGACGCAAGAUGAGCCAAAUCUUCAACGAAAAUAUCCAAAUGGGUGUCCCCGCUGAGCAGCUUCAGUUCAACCCAGAACUGCGAGAUACCCAGAAGCGAAGCAAGCGCAGGUCGAUAUUUGGGCAAUUCCGUUCGUGA